AUGCCUUUCCUCCAGGAUGACGGCCGAGGAGAGCUCCUUGAGCCUGUUGCCAUUGUUGGCAUGUCCUGUCGCCUACCCGGCUCCGUGGACUCUUCAUCCAAGUUCUGGGAUACGCUCCGUGAGAACAAGUCGGUCCGUACUCCCAAGAGUUUCGAUCCCACCUUCUUCAACAUGACUCCAGUUGAAGCUCAAUGGCUGGAUCCGCAGCAGCGCAAGAUGCUCGAAGUUUGCUACGAGUGUCUGGAGAACGCUGGCCUUCCACUGGACAAAGUUGCCGGUUCGAAGACCGGGGUGUAUGUUGCCACGUUCACGAGCGACUACCAGCAGAUGUCGGUCUUUGAACGCGAUUAUAGACACAACUAUGCUGCUACUGGCGUCGAUACGGGCAUUAUCAGUAACAGGAUCAACAAUGUGUUCAAUUUCGAUGGACCCAGCUUCACCAUAAAUACAGCUUGCUCAUCUGCCAUGUAUGCGAUCCACAAUGCGUGUCAUGCGUUGCGUGCUGGGGACUGUGACGCUGCUAUCGCCGGUGGUGUGAAUUUGAUUCUUACUCUAACAUGUCUCUUAACACAGGACCAACACAUGAAUACCGCAAAGCUGGGCGUGCUAUCACCCACAUCAGAAUGUCACACAUUUGAUGCUUCGGCAGACGGAUAUGGACGCGCAGAGGGUGUUGGCGCGCUGUAUCUCAAGCGACUCUCCCAUGCUAUUAGAGAUAAGGAUGUUAUUCGCGGUGUGAUCAGAUCAACAGCAGUAAACACGAAUGGCAAAGUUGAGGGCAUGGGCAUCACAUUUCCCAACAUGCUUGGCCAAGAGCGUGUUCUCCGCGAUGCAUAUGCGAGGGCCGACCUCGAUCCCAACCAGACGGCGUAUCUCGAAUGCCACGGAACAGGAACACCGGCUGGCGACCCAAUUGAAGUCCGCGCUGUUUCAAAUGGCAUGAAUGACACGCGAGAUUCUGAGAAACCUCUGCUUUUGGGUGCUGCCAAGACGAACAUUGGUCACAGCGAAGCUGCAUCUGGUAUUUUUGCGACUAUGAAGGCCGCACUGAUGACAGAGAAAGCAUUAAUUCCUGCGGUCCACGGCCUCAAGACAUUAAACCCGAAUAUUAAGGAAGAGGAGUGGAACGUCAAAAUCGUCAGAGAAUUGAUGCCAUGGCCAUCUGAUUUCAAUGUCCGCCGCGCCAGUGUUUCUUCGUUCGGCUACGGAGGCACCAACGCUCAUUUGGUGCUGGAGUCAGUCCUCAGUAUGUGCCCCUGGUAUGAGCAUGGCCAGCCGAAAGCGACAGCUAAAUACCAGUACGGUGACAUUGACCGACCAUUCCUGGUGACCAUGAGCGCACAUGACGACAAGACCCUGAAGAUGAAUAUCCACAAACACCAGCAGGUGGCAGGAAACUACUACUUACCUGAUCUGGCAUACAGUCUCAACUGCCGGCGAUCCAGAUUUGCAGCCCGAGGCUACACCACCGCCCUCGCCGGCCAGGAGAUCGACGCCUUUUCCUCAAGCAGCUUCUCCUACGGCACCAAAAUUUCCAAGCCCGUCAAACUCGGCUUCGUGUUUACUGGUCAAGGCGCCCAAUGGGCCCGCAUGGGCUACGAAGCCAUCCAGAAAUUCGCCGAAUUCGGCGAGACCAUCGACGCUCUGGACCGCGUACUCCAGCGCAUUAAUCCCCGACCAACCUGGACCCUACGUGCCGUCCUGGAAGCACCAGUAGAGUCAAGCCGUGUCAACGAGUCCGAAAUUUCGCAGCCGGCAUGCACUGCUAUCCAGAUCGCCGUGAUCGACUUGUUUGCGUCCUGGAAUAUUGAGCCCGUCGUAACAAUCGGACACAGCAGCGGCGAAAUCGCCGCCGCGUAUGCAGCUGGUCGGCUUUCUGCGCCCGAGGCCAUGCUAGCGGCCUACUUCAGGGGUUUCGCAGUGGCCAAGGCAGCGCCUGCGGGAACGAUGCUGGCUGUUGGCUUGGGAGCGGAAGAAGUGUGGGAUCACGUCCCUGACGAGGUUUGCGUGGGUGUGACGAUCGCCUGCGAGAACUCGCCCAGCAGCGUCACGUUGAGCGGCGAUUUUGCAGAUAUUGCAGCCGUGCAGCAGGCGCUGGAUAAGACCCAGGUAUUCAACCGGCCGCUGAAGACGGGUAAGGCGUAUCACUCGCCUCAAAUGGAUACUGUCGCGCCUUUGUAUUCCGAGCUCUACACGAAAGCGUCGGAAGGACUCAAGGACGCAGACUUCUGUUGGCGCCGACCACAUGCUGGCAUGAUUUCCUCCGUUACUGGAACUGAAGCUCAAGAUGCUCAUCUGGGUAUUUCCUACUGGUGUGAAAACUUGCGAGGCCGGGUUCUCUUCAACACGGCAUUGCGGGAACUAGGAAACUCGCAGGAGUACGCAGAUGUCAACGUCCUUUUAGAGAUAGGACCCCACGCUGCACUGGGAGGGCCCAUCAAGCAAAUUUGCGCAGCCAACAGUUUCGAGAUGCAAUACGUCGGAUCUCUCAGACGAGGAGCCGACAGUGCCACCGCCCUCCUCAAGUCCGCAGGAGAGCUAUAUCUCAAGGGACUAGAGAUUGAUUUCGAGUCUGUCAACAAUUUCAAGACUUCUAACCCCUCUAUACUCAUCAAGAGGAGCGAUGGGCCUCGAUAUCUGCCCGACCUGCCUCCAUACCAAUGGAACUACGAGACAACGCACUGGUUCGAACCGCGCUCGGUAGCCGAAUUGCGCAAAUACAAGCACCCCCGACACGACAUCCUCGGCCGCCGAAUCUUCGGUCUUUCCACAAACGACGCAGUCUGGAGGAAUGUCCUGCGCCAGCGCGACGUCCCGUGGUUCGCAGACCACACCCUCGGAUCCGACGCCGUCUUCCCCGCCGCGGGCUACAUGUCCAUGGCGAUCGAAGCACUGCUGCAACAACUCGACCUAGAACCUCGGAGUGUCGGUGGCGUCAAGUUCAGGGAUAUCGAUAUCAGCAAAGCCCUAGUGGUCCCCGACACGGACAACGGAGUAGAAGUCCUCUUCCGCCUCGAGAAGUUGCCCGGGGGGACCUGGUACAGCUUCAACGUGGAAUCGGUCGAAAAUGGGCUGUGGACUCUGCACAGCAGUGGCAAGAUCCAGAAGCAGAUUACUGACGCAUCGCAGUCGCCUUCGGCAUGCCCGCACAAGCUCAACCAGCUGCAUCAGCAAGUCUCGGGGAAACGCUGGUACCGAUCACUUCAUCGCGUCGGGUUCCGGUACGGUCCUAACUUCCAAACCAUGACGAGCGUCAAGGCCAACGGCAAGGAUCGCAUGGCCGCCGCCAGGGUGCAAGUCCAGGUUGAGUGCGGAAACAUGGAGCAGGAGUCGCGGUACGUGCUGCAUCCAUCAACGCUAGACGGAUGUCUCCACGCUGUUAUUGCCUCCGUACACCGCGGUCUACACAAGGUCAUGCCGUGGGGUGUUGUACCCCUAGAAAUCGAGGAGAUGACUGUCAACUUCUCGUCCGAGGAUCUCAAUGUGGAGGGCGAGUGCAUGGCCUGGACGGAUCGGGCUUGGGAUCGGUACUUCAAUGGAAAUGCCGAGCUAUUUGGCAGCUCAGGCAAGUGUCUGUUGAAUAUCCGGAACAUGAAGUUCGUCGUGUACGAUGCUGCGGUUCCGCCUAGCUCUAAGGGGUUUGGGCCCAAGGAGCCGUAUAGAAGGGUUGCUUGGGAGAAGUCAGAGAAUGCGGAUGAGGCUUUGCAGACGGAGAUUGAGGUGGAUGGGAAGGUCGUUGUGCUCCACAAUGCGUCUGAUUCCUCUUCCAUGCUCGGAGAAAGUCUCGGGGCAACAUGCAUCUCCCUCCAAGGUGCGGCAAAGAGUACGGAUGGUUUCGACAAGAUUAUCAUCGAUGAUUCUGACGGCUCUAUCAUGGCCGCCGCCACCGAGGAAAGUUUCGAGUUCAUUAAGGAGACUCUGCAGUCUGGCAAGCCCAUCGUCUGGGUCACACGCGGCGUUAACCAAGGAAACUCGGUCGAUGGUGGCAUUCCGCAGGGACUCCUUCGAGCAGUUCGUUCGGAGCUCGUAUCGGCUCGUGUCGCGCUUGUAGAUGCAGAUGAAGAUACCCCGAUGGAUAAGCUGGCAUCUGUGGUCCAUCAUCAGCUUGAAUCUGUGGAUACCAAAGACUCUGGAGCGGAUGUCGAGUUCUGGCUUACAGGCGACUCGACACUCUUGGUCUCGCGCAUCGAAACCAACGACAGCCUGAACCAACUGCUCCAUCAGGAGCUGCCCUACGAGCAGACCGUUAUCAGCACUGAGGAGGGGCUCAAGGGAAAGAUUGCUGACAACGAAGUUCUCUUCGAAUCCCAGCAGCCUACUUCCCAGUGCCUUCGGCCACAAGAGGUGGAGAUCCAAGUUCACUACUCCGAGCUGGCCAAAGAAGAUCUAUCCGUUCGAACAGCUGAGCGAGCUCGUCUUAUCACUGGUACUAUCAUCCGCAUCGGCAACGGCUUGGAAACCAACCUACAAGGCCAAGCCGUAGUAGCUUACACGAAGCAAACCUUUGAGACUAGACUCAUCACCUCGACCUUCGCCCAGAUCGACGCCGAAAACCUGGCUGCAGUUGCCGCAAGUCUUCCCUAUCUCGCCCAAGCCGUCGAUGCAGUCCUCCUUACUGGCCACGCCACUGCGGGCUCCCACGUACUUCUCCUUUCCUCAUCUGCUCCGUUCGCGGACGCUGUGUUGAAAUUAGGACAGAAAUUCAAAUUCCGAGUCACCAAGGCUGACGAUGAUGACCUUGCUAAGAUACAACAGCUCCUCUCGGCGUCUGGCGGUCCUAACAUCGUCGUUGCCGCCGCGCCAUCUUCGCUGAUUGCCGAUGUGUGGUGCUUAAUGCCGCGAAAUUCCAAACUCGUCUUUAGCGAUAUUGCUAUUGAAGGCCCGCUGGACUCUAGACCGUUUUCUAGGGGCGCUGGUUUGGCUGUUUGUGGUAUUUCACAUGCAUUUGAGCGUGACCAGGCGGCGUUGGAGCGGCUGUUGGAUACCAGUGUCGAGAUCCUUGGACAGAGUGGCGGUUUGUUUUCUGUUGGGUCGUCGCCGUCGGUUAUCGAUGUGGAGAAUCUUUUGGACGUGGAUGAAGCGCGGAAGUGUGUUUUGGAGACUGGGGCGAAUGUUUUGGGGUUCAAGUAUAUGCAGAGCCAGAUCAAGACCCGCAAAUCCCGCAAGCCAGUUUGCUUCUCUCCCACAGACGCGUACCUCCUGGUCGGCAGCCUAGGCGGCCUCGGUCGUAGUUUGACGACGUGGAUGUUCGAGCGAGGCUGCAGAAACUUCGUCUUCCUCUCCCGAUCUGGCAUCAAGAAACCCGAAGCCGCUGAUGUCGUCGAACGACUUAAGGAGUCUGGUGCGUCCGUGUAUGUCUUCUGCGUCGAUGCCUCGGAUGAGAAGGCCGUAGCCGGUGUCGUUGCUGAGGUUUCCGGCAAGAAGCCCAUCAAGGGUGUUGUUCACGCUGCUAUGGUGCUCGAGGACGGUCUAUAUCAAACAAUGACCCUACCAGAAUACAAUUCCGCCCUGCGCCCCAAAAUGCAAGGCGCCCUCGCUCUGCACAAAGCCCUUGACCAAACGCCCCUCGACUUCUUCAUCAUGACCAGCAGUAUCUCCGCCGUCCUCGGCAACCCAGGUCAAGCCAACUACUGCGCCGGCAACAGCUACCUCGAUUUUCUCGCUCUUUACCGGCGCAAGCGCGGUCUAGCCGCUACCUCCCUUGCCCUGCCCAUGGUGGAGGAUGUCGGCGUCGUGGCGGAAAACACCCACAUUGCCGAGGCGCUGGCAAGGAAGACGCCGUUUAGUAUUGAUGAACGGGAAAUGUUGGUCGCGUUCGAGGCGGCUAUUAUUCAGGGUCGGUGUUCUGGUGAGAGCAAAGCAGUAGAUAUAGGGGACGCGCAGGUGAUACUCGGUCUUGAACCAGAAGCUAUCACUGUGUUGAUGGAAGGCACUGACAUGUCCGACGCGUACUGGAUGCACGAUGCGCGCAUGACCACCGUGCGGGCGGCACUAGAUUCCAUUUCUGCUGCGUCCGGCGCUGAAGGACAGGAAGGCACUGGGUCAGGAGGCGGGUUCGUCGCUACGCUUGCGGGAAAGACGGAAGAGGAGGCUUUGAAUGACAUUGGUGUGCACAUCAUCAACCGGACGGCAAGAAUUCUGGGCUUGCAGCCGGAAGGGUUCAAAAUGGAGGAGGUGUCGGUGGCAAAUCAUGGGAUUGAUUCCAUGAUUGGGGUCGAGUUGCAGUCGUGGCUGUUUAAGGAGUUUGGGCUGCAGGUCAGUAUUCAGACUAUUUCAAACCCGAACACGACGUUCAAGGCAUUGGCGAGGAUGGCAGGGGAGCUUAUUGGGUUUGUUGCUUGA